CAGAGGGCUCUGCGGGCAGCGGGGCGGGCGGAUCGCAGGCAGCAGCGGCUCCAUCACCAGCGCAGCAGCGGAGAAAAAGGGGAAGAGGAGGAGAAGGGAGGAAGGAAGGAGGGCCGGGGCGGAGGGGGGGGGGCGCGCUGGGCCCCCCCAGGCUGGCGAUGGCCUGACCGGGUCCCCGGUGGCCCCCCGGCAGCGGCCCCCUCCCCGCGCCCCAGCAGCCGGCGGGCGAUGCGGCGCGGCGGUGGUGGCGGCGGCGACGACGGGGCAGGAUGCUGAGGACGGAGGCAGCGAGCGGGGCGGCAGCCCCGGGCAGCAGCGGGGGGGCCCCAGGCGGCGGAGCGGGCAGCGGGGGGCUGAGGAGCGCGUCCCCCCACCGCAACGCCUACGAGGCCACCAUCCAGGCCCUGAAACCCACAAAGGAUGCCGAGGGCGAGGACGGCAAGAAAGCCCGUGGCAAGAAGUAUGGCUCCAACGUCCACCGCAUCAAGAACAUGUUCCUGCAGAUGGGGACGGCGCCGGGCCCUGAGGGCGCCUGCGACUUGGCCAAGGGCAAGGAGAAGCCCGUCCGCCUUUCCUUGCCCCGGGCCAGCAGCCUGAAUGAGAGCAUGGAGCAGGGCAACCUCCUCAAGCUGGGCACCAGCGUUUCAGAGCGGGUGAGCCGCUUUGACUCCAAGCCCGACAAGCCCUUCUCCAAGCUGCAGGAGACCCGCAAGAUCUUUGAGCGGAGCCCGCAGGAGAAGGAGGCCACCACCAAGCUCCUGCUGCGCAAGGAGCGGGCCGGCUUCCAGGACCGCAAGCUGGACGUGGUAGUGAAGUUCAACGGCAGCACUGAGUCCUUGGACAAGCUCGACACCGAGGCCGUGUCACCCACCGUCAGCCAGCUCAGCGCCGUCUUCGAGAAGGCCGACCUCCGCAACAACCUCCACAAGACGCCGGGGCGUGCAGGGCCGCUCAACUCCAAGCUGGUGAGCAAACGGUCCCGCGUCUUCCUGCAGGGAACAGAGGCUGGCAAGGCUGAGAGCCGGACGGGAGAUGGCCCCGCUGCCCCAGCACGGCCACGGCCGGCCGAGGAGGAGAAGGCAGCGGGCAAGGCUGGGAGGCCGGCGGAGAAGGAUGGGAGCAUCCCACGGGUGCAGGAGGUCUGCAAGAUCAAGCCGGUGGAGGUGGAGGAGAGCGGUGAGUCGGAGGCCGAGGUGGAAGCCAGCGAGCCAGUGCCAGUGCCUGAACCGGCCAAGGGGGCCGAAGGGCCGGCGCCCCCCGAGCCACGCCUGGAAGGGGGCGAGGAGCCUCCCUACGCCGAGGAGGGCAUCAAGGGUGAGCGGGCGGACGAGGGCGACCUGUAUGACGAGUCCAAGAAGGAGGACUUCUCCGAGGCGGACCUGGUGGACAUAAGUGCCUACAGCGGGCUCGGGGAGGACUCGGGGGGCAGCGGGCUGGAUGAGGACGAGGAGGCUGAUGGGCUCUACGAGCCCGAAUCCAGCUGCGUGGAGAUCCCCGGGCUGUCCGAGGAAGAGGAGCCUGUCCCCAACCGCAAGAUCCAGUUCAGCACGGCCCCCAUCCAGGUCUUCAGCACUUACUCCAACGAGGACUACGACCGCCGCAAUGAAGACGUCGACCCCAUGGCCGCAUCGGCUGAGUACGAGCUGGAGAAGAGGGUGGAGCGCCUCGACCUCUUUCCUGUGGAGCUGGAGAAAGACUCCGAAGGGCUGGGGAUCAGCAUCAUCGGCAUGGGCGCGGGGGCCGACAUGGGCCUGGAGAAGCUGGGCAUCUUCGUCAAGACGGUGACGGAAGGGGGGGCGGCCCACCGGGAUGGCAGGAUCCAGGUGAAUGACCUGAUCGUGGAGGUGGAUGGCACCAGCCUGGUGGGGGUGACGCAGAGCUUCGCCGCCUCCGUGCUCAGGAACACCAAGGGCCGCGUCCGGUUCCUCAUCGGGCGGGAGAAGCCGGGCGAGCAGAGCGAGGUGGCGCAGCUGAUCCAGCAGACGCUGGAGCAGGAGCGGUGGCAGCGGGAGAUGAUAGAGCAGCGCUACACCCAAUACACCGAGGACGACGAGGAGACGGGGGAAUACGCCACGGACGAGGAGGAGGAGAUGAGCCCCAUGUUCCCCAGUGGCGAGAUGGCCAUCGAGGUGUUCGAGCUGGCCGAGAACGAGGACACGCUCUCGCCGGUGGAGAUGGACCCCGAGAAGCUGGUGCACAAGUUCAAGGAGCUCCAGAUCAAGCACGCCGUCACCGAGGCUGAGAUCCAGCAGCUGAAGAGGAAGCUGCAGUGCCUCGAGCAGGAGAAGGCUCGGUGGCGGGCCGAGAAGGCCCAGCUGGAGCAGAGCGUGGAGGAGAACAAGGAGCGCAUGGAGAAGCUGGAGGGGUACUGGAUGGAGGCGCAGAACCUGUGCCAGGCCGUGGACGAGCACCUCAAGGAGACGCAGGCCCAGUACCAGACCCUGGAGCGCAAGUACAGCAAGGCCAAGAGGCUCAUCAAGGAGUACCAGCAAAAGGAGAUCGAGUUCCUAAAGAAGGAGACGGCGCAGCGGCGGGUGCUGGAGGAGUCGGAGCUGGCCCACAAGGAGGAGAUGGAGAAGCUGCAGGAGAAGAUCUCCGAACUGGAGGCCAAGCUGCAGACUUUGAAAAAUUCCAACCCGACUUAACCACCCUCAAACCGCAGCGAUUUUUUUUUUUGGGGGGGGGGCCGGGGGCUUUGCCCCUCUCCCCCCAGCCCCGUCCCCUCCCUCCCCACCCCUUCCCCACUUGGGGGGGGGAGGUGAGACCCUGCCAAGGCCUCCUGGUGCCCCCCCAUCUCCCCUUGGGGUACAGACAGUAGGGGGGGGCCGACCAGGGGGAUUUUUUUGGGGGGGGUGCGGACAUCCCACGUUCGUAUCUGUUUCCAGUGUGAGUCUCGUGGUAACGUGAUGGACAGAUGGGGGGGGCAUGAUCCCCCCCCAGGCCUCCCCCUCCCCAGGCGCGCCCUUCUUUCGACGUGACCCCCCCUUGGACACAGAGCUGGCACCCUGGUUGGACAUUGGUGUGUGUGUGUGUGUGGGGGGGGCAAUCAGAAAUGCCCCCCCCCCCCCCCAAAUGUGAGCCAUACUGGAGAGCAAAGAGGGGGCACUCUGGAAGCUCCCCCCCCCCCCCCCCGACCCCAGCUCCUCCUCUUGGGACUCAGCUGGAGCGCCAGCGAGGCAGAGGGGGGGGGCGCUUGCCUUUGGUGCACGGCACUGUUGGGCCCCCCCACGGACUCAACCCAGCGUUCGGUGCUGGGACCCCUUGGCCCUUCGACAUGGGGGGGGAGGACACCCCCACUGCCCCCCCCAUCACCCCCCCAGUGCCACCACCGCGGGGACGCUCCCGGCCUUUGCCAAGCUCAGCCUUUGCCAACCUCUGCAGCGGGCAUGGUGGGGGGGGGGGGGCACAGCUGGGGGUGCCCCCCCAGCACCACCACCGACCUCCCCCAGCCCGGGGCUUUCGCCUUCCCUGGGCGGGGGGGGGCAAUGCCAGGAGGCGGGGAGCCCCCCCCCCCCAUUUGUAAAUACACCCCCCUCCCCCCCAUAAAUCACAGUAUUUCUCUGGGGCACCCCCCCACCGGCCAACCCCAGCCGGGUGCGCCCCCCCCCCCCCCCCUUUCUCAGCCCAUUUUUUUUUUUGUUUCUAUUUGCCCCCCCCUCGAAGUACUGAGUCUCCGACAGUAACUGGAUGUGGGGGCAACUGGGAGCCAGAGCUGGUUAUACUGGGAGGGGGAGGCGGGGGACACGACGGGGUGAUGGGGGGGGGGGGGGGUCCGACUGGAUUGGAGCCACUUUGGGGGGGGGGGGGGGGAGUAUUUAAAGGGGGGGGGGCGGGGAGCAGAGCCCCGGGGGGGUGCUGGGGUUAUUUAAUCUCACACGUAUACCUGUGGGUGUAUAUACUAUAUAUAUAUGUACGUAUGUAUGUACUGGUCCUCGUUUUGUAACGCAACGUCCUCGCAUCCCACCCCGCCGAUAAACGCACCUCAUUGUC